CGUGGCUGCGCCAAUUACCGCAUUACCACAUGGCACAUUCUCACAAACGCUGAGAUAUUGCGGCUGCCAACGAAUGACAGAAGCAUCGGUCAACGAACCCACUGAAUUCGGCUAGGUCUCGCGGGGUCGAUUGAGUGACGGACCGCAAUAGAAAAAGAGGUGCUGUCAUCGGUCGCAGCAUUGCCAAGCUUCGGAAAUUCCCGAAAACUGGCCUUUUCUUCACGCUCACGCGAAGCACUGGCAAAACGCCAUCCCGCCUGACACUGUUGGCCAACCCCAAACAGCCCACGACCGCCCACAAUGAACGUCCAGGAGCUCCUUAGCCUCCUCCUGGAGCAGGCGCACUCGCCGUCGACCCCGGUUCUCAUCUGCGGGAUCCUCUUCGUCGUCAUCUUCCCGGCCGUGCUGCACUUUAUCCUGACCCGGACGACGCAGCACAUUGCCCUGCCGACGGUCCUCCUGGCCGGCCCCUCGGGCGCCGGCAAGACGUCGCUCCUGGCCCUCCUCGAGCGCCGCGGCAGCGGCGUCGCCACGCACCCGACGCAGCUGCCCCACAGCGUCGAGCUGUCGGUGGCGAGCCGGUCCGACGACGCCAAGCAGCGCGCGACAAGCUUCCGCGACGACCUCGACGCGCUCGGCGCCGAGGCCUCCAACUUUCUCGUCCAAGACACCCCCGGUCACGGCAAGCUCCGCGGCGCGGCCCUGAGGCGCGUCGAGGCCGCGACCGCCGACAAGAUCCGCGCCGUCGUGUUUGUGGUGGACGCCGCUGCGCUCUCGGAGCCCGACGCGCUCGCCGACGCCGCGGCGUUCCUCUACGACGUGCUCAUCAGGCUGCAGAGGCGGACGGGCAAGACGACGUCGAGCCGCGCGCCCGACAGCGUGCCUGUGCUCAUCGCCGCCAACAAGAUGGAUCUGUUCACGGCGCUUCCCGCAGUGCUUGUCAAGAGCAACCUCGAGGCCGAGCUGGGCAGGAUUCGAUCGACAAGGAGCCGGGGCCUUUUGGAUUCUGGCGUCGGCACCGACGAUAUUGAUGGCGGAGCCGAGGAGGGUGACGACUGGCUUGGGCAGUACGGAAGUGAAAAGUUCACAUUUAGCCAGAUGAGGGAGUUUGACAUUGAGGUUGAUGUAUUGGCGGGUAACGUCGAGGGCGAUGGACCUGGUGUGGACAAGUGGUGGGAGUGGAUCGCAGAUCAAAUCUGAGUUUUGCGGGCGGUUGAACCUUAUCGUCGAGACUUGUCAGAGUACAUAACUCCUGAUCGAGAUUACAUCAAACUAAUAAAAACCCCAGGGGAAGCAAACAAUUUUCGCAAA